AGUAACGUUACGAAGAAGGGGAGGCGACGAACAACGAAAACAAAGCACUUUUUGUUCGAGGACCACCUGAAUUGCCUUGUGCUGUUGUGACAUAUCGGGGGAAACAAGUGAAAACACCGUUUACAAGGUGGACAGUCCGCUCCCUGGUUGCUCGUGGUAACUCUCCGCCAUGCCUUUCCCCUUUGGCAAGUCCCACAAGUCGCCGGCGGACAUCGUCAAGAACCUUAAGGACAGCAUGACAGUGCUUGAGAAGCAUGACAUUUCUGACAAAAAGGCUGAGAAGGCCACAGAGGAAGUGUCAAAAAGCCUGGUGGCCAUGAAGGAGAUCCUGUAUGGGACAAAUGAGAAAGAGCCCCAAACAGAAGCCGUGGCCCAGCUAGCCCAGGAGCUCUACAACAGUGGCUUGCUCAGCACCUUGAUAGCGGACCUGCAGCUCAUCGACUUUGAGGGUAAGAAAGAUGUGGCUCAGAUCUUCAACAACAUCCUGAGGCGUCAGAUUGGCACUCGGACACCCACAGUGGAGUACCUCUGCACCCAGCAGAAUAUCCUCUUCAUGUUGCUUAAAGGGUAUGAGUCUCCAGAGAUUGCCCUAAACUGCGGUAUCAUGCUGAGGGAGUGCAUCAGACAUGAACCACUGGCCAAAAUCACACUGUGGUCCGAGCAGUUUUAUGACUUCUUCAGAUAUGUGGAGAUGUCCACGUUCGACAUUGCCUCAGACGCAUUUGCCACUUUCAAAGACCUCCUCACAAGACACAAGCUACUGAGUGCAGAGUUUCUGGAGCAACAUUAUGACAGAUUCUUUAGUGAAUAUGAGAAGUUACUCCACUCAGAAAACUACGUGACUAAAAGGCAGUCCCUCAAGUUGCUGGGGGAGUUGCUUCUUGACCGGCACAAUUUCACCAUAAUGACAAAAUACAUCAGCAAGCCAGAGAAUCUCAAACUAAUGAUGAACCUGCUACGGGACAAGAGCCGCAACAUUCAGUUUGAGGCUUUCCAUGUUUUUAAGGUGUUUGUGGCCAACCCCAACAAGACGCAGCCCAUCCUGGACAUCCUGCUGAAGAACCAGACCAAACUCAUUGAGUUUCUCAGCAAGUUUCAGAACGACAGAACAGAGGACGAACAGUUCAAUGAUGAAAAGACUUACCUGGUCAAACAGAUCAGGGACCUCAAGAGGCCUGCCCCCCAGGAGGCCUGAGGAAGGGUGCAGAGGUGGGGGGAGGAGCCACCAGGACCAUGUCUGGACCCCAUCCAGACACCGUCUGCUUAACGGACCCAUCAGCAGCUGCUGUUCUGGUUUCUGAACAAAAAUUGAGGAAACAACUGAAAAAGCAACGUACCCAAUAUCAACUCAUCAGGAAGUCGCCAGCUCCUCUGCUCCUCAGUGAACAUUUGAUUCUUUUUGUUUUUCUUUUUCAGUCUUUUUCCUUAAAAAGAAAUAAGAGAAAAUAAUAGAUGCUGCUGCUUUCUUGCACAUUGAGACAUGUAAGGUAUAUUAUAACGACACAACAGUCCAUCAAACAUAGAGACAGAAAAUGUCCGUGCAUUCAAAGUAAGGCAGACUUCCUGAUACACACACACCAAGAAACAAAAGUAGACACGUUUACACGCAUAUAUGUAUUACAUUAAAAACCUGCAUACACACAUACAGCAAGAAUAUCAGCUAAAACCUUGUGAUGGAAAUGGUACGAGCAAGUUGAACAUUGGUGUGUUUGUUGCAUGCCUUGAAAAGUGAGAGAUCCAUGGCUGUACCCAGCAUCGGCUCUGUGAUGGCCUGCCCAGUCUGGCUCCCAUGUUCAGUGCCACAGACUCGGAUAUGCAUGUGCAUCACAGCAACCGCUACAGUUCAUAUCUAUGCCUUCAUCCAAUAAAGCAACAGUGGUUCCAUUUUAGCGAUUCGUAGGGACAAGCUCUCAGAUGCCAUCACACAGAACCAUUUACCUCCUGUGUGCUUUGUUACGACACAGCACUUGAAGCACACAAGGAAAGGAGGGAGGGAUGUAAGGUAUGAAUUUAGUGAAGCCCAAGAGUCGGGUCUCUUUAUUGUUUUCUGGGACAGGGUGAACAUGUACAUAUGCCUUUUUUUGCUUUGUAGAUUUUUGUUUAACCUUGACAUAUGAAUAUAUAUUAUAUAUAUAUAUAUUACCUUAAACAUCGCGUUUUUGGUUAAUUGUAAUCAAAUUACUUUCUAAACUAUAAAAGAAACAACAAACAAGUUAAGUGACAUUGUUUUUGCAUUUUAUUUUACUGCUGAAAUGGUUGCUGGUGGGUUUCUUUGUACAUAACUUAAAGGGCCAGCUCACGUUUAGCUAACCUAUAGGAUAUUAACAAUUUGUACAGCAGAGGAAUGUCAUGGUAUUAGCUCUGGAUCUGUUAAUCCUCUUUUUAUUCUCCAUCUACAUUUUGAGUAUCUCUCAGACUGCUGAAAACGUGCAGUGGAGGACGGGAGGAAGGGGAUUUGGAGAGCAUUAACUGAAACAUUAAAGCCUGUGUGUUUGUGCACUUUGUGAGGUGCUGAGUGAUCAACAUCACCUAACUGGAGUCGAGGAUAGCAGGGAUUUUCCCCCUCCUCAAUUUCAUUAACUUUUUCCCCCUCAUUCUCACCACUCUUCUUGUGGCAAGUGGUUGCUGUGUGGCCUCAUAGUGAGUGUGCUCAUCAGGACAUCAGCACUUCAUUCUUGCUUUUCUCACCUUCCCCUCAUUCUUGAGCCUUUCUUUUCAGAGGGUUUAUAAUUCCAGUACAAUUAUGAGUGUAAAGCAUUGUGGGUAGCAGAGUACUUUGGGAAUGUGGGAUUGUCCUCAUGGUGCUGAGUAAAACUGAUGAAACCACAGACUUGUUCAUUUAAAGUGAUUGAGACGUGCAUAUACAUUCAAACAGGCAAAUAAGAAACCAUCUCAGUGCAGACAACAGCACUGCUCAGAUAGUCCACAGUUCCUUCAUACGCAUUGGACAUGCAUGUUCCUCCACUGGCUGUGCAUGAUGCUGUACUAAAGAUGUUGUACUGGAAUUGUUUCUUUUUAAAGUAUUUAACAACAUUGAAAUGUCAAAUUGAACUCUUGGCUUUACGGCUGUAUGCUGACUUUGACUCCAGUUUCAGCAUAGAGCGUGUGGGUGCUUUCAGAAGUGUCAAAGGCCCGGGCCCUACAAUUGAAAUAAAGAAAAAAAAAAAAAACAUUUGGAAUAAAAUAAAGCUGUGUCAUUCUUAACA